AUGUCUUCGCCUCCCAUGAUUUCGAUUGUUUCCCCCCUUCUUUCGAAGGAUCAGGACGUGGGCAGAAUCAACAAGUGUAUAGCCCAGGAUUCUGUCCCGGAUUAUACCUACUACACAACUCUCACGACAAUCAACUUCUAUUCCUCAACCACAAUUUUUGCGGGAUGCAUCAGCGAAUUUCCUGAAGGCGGCACAACAACCGUCCUCGCUCGUACUGGCCAGGAAAGCCUCGUUAACUCCGUUGUCACAGGCCCGGUGUCUAUGUGGGGCCAACCGCUCGUCGUCCAGUUUAAAUCAGCCGAUCUCUCGCUCUUCAAAGACGCCCUCACUACCUCCAGCCCUUCCACCACCGGCACCACAGGACAAACAUCGAGCCCGACUGAUACCCGAUCCCGGAGCGCAACCCCAUCCCAAGCGGCGAAUAAUAAUCAACCUUCGUCGACCUCUUCACUCGAUUCUUUUCGCCCUUCUAGUGAUAACAGCACGGGGCUCUCCGCCGGUGCCAAGGCUGGCAUAGGUGUUGGUGUCGCCGGCCUUGCAUUGCUACUCGCAGCGCUAGUGUUUUUCAUCCGCCGUAGCCGCCGCCGGCGCAACGCCCACAUGCCACCCCUCAAUGCUGUUCAAGAGCUAGACGCUGGUACUUCCCACGCUGGUUUCUGGGCCCCAAAGCUUUACCGAAGAUCUUCAGUGCACGAAAUGCCUACUUCAUAA